CACCUAAGCUCUUAUUACGUAAGGAUGAAAAGUCUGGAGAAUGCCGAACUGGCGGCCUCACCACUUCAAUUUCUAGGCCCCAACCUGCAACGCAACCCACUCUCGCCAGCGAAGACAAUUGAAUAACAUCGCUAAUAUGGCACGCAGAGCACCACCGCAAAAUUCAGUCCCAGGCUUGUUUGGUGCUUCCCCUCCCAGGCGUACCAUCCAUGACCCCAACGAGUCUGCGCUCUCCCGCUUCAUACGGGAAGAAAUUUUUGCUCCGGAAAAGGUUUCGGGAAACAUUAGCAUCAUUACAGGAGUUGCUGUUUUUGCUGCCGGAGUGUUCUCUGCCAGAACCUGGGGCGAUAUUUUGGUGCCUGCGUAGGCCACCGAGUAGAGGCGGACCAGUCAUAGUACUGCGUACAGUCAAGAGUCGUAGUUUUGGUUUUCGCGAUCUGCAUUCUUGAUG